UAUUCUUGUGCCCGUUAACAUAUUCUCAAUUUUCUCCUGCAUCUGCAUAACAAUUGUGUGGAUUCACGCAAUGCCUGCUAAAUCAGUCGUAGUAUUUUUCCUUGCCGUGGUUAUCCUUCUUGUCCAGGACGGCAUUGCACAAACCAAACCUAUGACUUAUGAUUGCAAAAAGAAUGGGUUUUUCGCAAUAGAUACACAGACAAAGAAAGAUAAUUUUUGCCCCUGGAUAGCUGAAUUUUGUUCGGCCGGAUUUGUCGCAAAACCUGUCAACUGUCCUGUUGGCAAUUCCAUCUGCGACUUUGUCCGCUGUACGUUCAUCCCACAGUAUGGGGUUUUCUCGACCGUAUUUUACAAAUGUGCUGAAGAAGUGCUACCAACGGAUGACUUGUACCAGUUUGAUGAAGUCAAACAAGCAUGCUUUAUGCUGCCAGCAGCUGGAUAAGUUUCUGGGAUACAGCGUGGCUGAGACGAUUUAAUGGCUUCCGAUACUUCGUCAUUGUAACUUAAUCAGAUAUUGCAAAAACAAACUAGGCA